AUUGGGUAGUACAAAUGGAAGUACUGACCUAAGCAAUUCUGUUCUGGGAUGUCACCAUAACACCAUAUAAAAGCCAAAACAUUACAGGGAUUUAACACAGAAGAAGGGAAAUUACCAGAACAUCAAGAUAUCCAGAGCCCUUCUGGAUUUCCAGGGAAAAUGGAUAAUGUGACCAGUACUAGCAUGUCAAACAUGUUCUCUAUCGAAACAACAGAGAACUCAAGUUCUCCUGAAUAUGACUAUGAUUACUAUUAUGAAGAAGGCUAUGAAACCCACCUCCUUACUCAACGUAUCGUUCACAUUUUUUCCAUACUAGUCUAUGCUGUAGCUUUCAUCCUGGGGACAAUUGGAAAUGGUUUGGUUAUAUGGAUCACUGGAUUCAGAAUGAAAAGAACUGUCAACACAGUCUGGUUUCUUAAUCUUGCAAUUGCUGACUUUAUCUUCACCUUCUUCCUGCCCCUUAGCAUUGUCUACAUAGCUGUCGGAUUCCAUUGGCCAUUUGGAACAUUUAUGUGCAAGUUAAACAGCACCAUUGCAUUUCUCAAUUUAUUUGCAAGUGUCUUCCUAUUGACUGUUAUCAGUAUUGACCGCUGUUUAUCUGUUGUUCAGCCUGUAUGGUCUCAGAACCACAGGACACCCAGACUGGCUUCCAUGAUAGCCAUAGCUGUUUGGUUUAUUGCCCUUACAGCUAGUUUGCCGUAUGCUUUCUUUAGGGAUACAAAAACAGAUGAUAACAGUAUUAAAUGCUUUAACAAUUAUAGCCUCAUGGGUGAGGAUGUUAGCGGUCUGGGUUUAUUGAGACAGAGGUCAUUAAUAAUUACAAGAUUUAUUAUCAGCUUUGUUAUACCUUUCACUGUCAUUGUCUUCUGUUACUCAGUAAUUGCUUUUCGUCUCCGCAUAAAUCACCUGGCUACAUCUACCAAACCUUUCAAAGUUAUUGUAGCUGUACUGAUUUCAUUCUUUGUAUGUUGGUUUCCUUAUCAUGUGUUUUCCUUUUUGGAGCUGUCUUAUAUAAUGCAUGAUGAAAAACAUCUACAUAGGAUAUUAAUUGUUGGUGUACCCAUCACAUCCAGCCUGGCGUUUGUGAACAGCUGUGUUAACCCUUUCUUGUAUGUUUUUAUUGGCCGGGAUUUCAAGGACACAUUUCACCGAUCCUUAUUAUUUUUUUUUGAAAAAGCAUUUAGUGAGGAGUCUUUUGGAACAGAUAUCAAGAGCAAGACAAAGUCCACCUCAGAUUCUCAAAUGGUAUAGUAUAAAAGGGACAAUAAACACUAAAUACAUAUCAUGCAUCACUUCUAAUUAUGGGUGCUAACAUUUUGGAACCUAGGUUACACUGCUGGUAUUUGAAGUUGCUGCACAUGUACAAAAACAUCAAUGCUGGAAUGCAGUGCAACUAGAUUAUAUCAUGGUGGCACCCAUAAGAAGAGAGAGGUAGGAAAUAAUAUCAAUACUAUUUCCCAACUAAUGCUGCUUUGACGUCAAACACAGUUGCUCCAUGUCUCAGCAGAAGUGAAGGUGAGGGAAAGCGGAAAACUAUAAGUUCCACACUGCAGCAGGGUGUCCGCUGCAGUGGUUGAGCUUACCACUGAGGCCAAAAAAUCUGAAUGAUCAAAAGCACUCAAAAGAAGUAGAUAACAAAUUUUAACAAUUAAAAAUAAUGACACAUGGGGGCAUAUUUAUCAAAGCAACAAUCUCUGUGCAUUCGCCGGUGUCAAUACGGUUGCCAGACAUCGCUGACGCGGAUCUACAUAUGAUCCCCUUAUUUAUAAAAAAACCCUUCAAAAACAUGUGCGUCAAGUACGGCACGAUGAGCAUCGGACUGCUGUUAAAUAACAGUCAUUGAUGACGGGGUUAUUCAGGUUUUUCCCAACUUUAUUUAUACCAUUUCAUUACUGUCCAUGAACAAGCACAUUUCUCUAAAGCUAAUCUUUUAUUUUUCAUCUGUUAAUGUCCAAGAAAUAAAAAGUGGAACCUCAGCGCCUAAUGGUAACCUCUAAGCCUAGGAAGGGGGACUCCUAGCAAGUGCCCGAUAAGGGGAUAGAAAAAGUAAAGAGAAAUCCCAGGCGCCUACCCUAAGGAGGCUAGGUUGAAGUAAAAUUGGAUGGAGAGAUAGAUU